AUGGACCAGUCCAGCAAUCAGAAUGCGCCGUCACAGAACCAACGACCCGGGCAUCGCGACAUGAUGUUUUGCCACGAGUGCGCCGACGAAUGGUAUCGGGACGAACACGGUCUUUCGUGUCCAGAAUGCGGCUCAGAUUUCACGGAGAUUAUUGAAGAUAACAAUGACCCAAGGGCCGGCACCGGAAUGUUUGGUCACGACGGCGACGAAUCCGACUCUCUGCCUGACCUCGAGAACGUCCCACCCCAUAUGAAUCCGCAUCACAACCCAUGGCAGACCGAUGACCCAGAGGAGGGGGAUAUUAGCAAUGUUAGAUGGACAGAGACGGGACCGGGAAGGUACAACUUGCAGGCUACUGUCACGCGCUCUGUAUCACCACAGGGCGGCAUGCCGGUCCCAGGGUCUAUAGGCGGAUUUAUGGCCAUGCUGAACGGGCUCACCGGAGCGGGAUUACGCCCACCACAGGGUCAAGCACAGGGUCAGGGCGAGGGUCUGUUCUCUGGCGCCGCACCAGGGUCCAACCCGAACCAGUCUGCUUUCCAGGAAGCUCAAAACCAGGGUCCAGGUGGUGGACCUCAAAUCCGCGGAGGGACCUUUACAUAUCACGGUGGUGCUCGUCUGUUCCCUGGAGGAGGAAACAACCCCGGACGGGCUGAGCCUGUGGACGAGAUCACCAAUGUCCUGACUGGUCUCCUGGCUACCUUUGGUGCACCACCUCCUCGCGUUCAAGCUCACAACCAUCCCUUGGGCGGCGCCGAGGGUACUUUCCGUGGCGAACACACUCAUGGUGCUGGCGAACAGUUCGCGGGACACCCUAUCCUACAACUAUUCUCCUCAAUGGGCAUGAUGGGCCCUGCUAGUAACAUGGGAGAUUUUGUCUACUCUCAAGAGGGCCUAGACCGCAUUGUUUCUCAACUGAUGGAACAAACUUCAACCAGCAACGCGCCUGGACCUGCAACGCAAGCCGAUAUCGAUGCCCUUCCUCGUACUAAUGUGACCGAAGAGAUGCUAGGCGAAGAACACAAGGCUGAAUGCAGUAUAUGCAUGGAUGAGGUCAACAUCGGCGAACAGGUCACGCUACUGCCAUGCAAGCAUUGGUUCCACCACCCAUGUGUAUCCGCGUGGCUGCUCGAGCACGACACCUGUCCUCAUUGUCGAAAGGGUAUCACCAAGGGUGGCGAGGGCCAGACGAACAACCCUGCGUCUGCAGACUCACAGACGGAUCGUACGUCCCAGAUGCCCGGCUCCUUCACUCCUUCCGGCUCGGGAACGUUCAAUGAUCCCUACGUCGUUCCUGCAGGAUCUCCACCCCCACCGUCCAACGAUCAGGGCAGCUCGUCUGAUAACGCAAAUGCAGGCCCGGGUAAUGGUGGUAUCAGUGAUCGAAUACGCAGGGGUCUGUUUGGGUCUCCGCAAUAG